CACGCAGCAUGCACGGAUCCGCCCCUUGUGGAUCCCAUGGCAUGGUGCUUUGACGCAAGGGCUGAUGGCGUCGGAUCUGGCCAUCUGCAUCGACUCAGAUGACGAGGAGCAGGCGCCGAACGGCUUGCUGUGCCAGCUCCUGCUACCGCAGCCAAAGAGUGAGAGCCGACGUGCAGUUGGCGAUGUGUCCAUUGUCCAAGUGCAAAGCUCUGGUCAGACCGAGCUCAGCAUUUCCUGGGCAGAGGACGAGGAUGGCCGGGUCACUGUGCCGACCAGGGUUGUGUCACACAUGACCGUCAAUUCCGCGACGAUCGUGCUGAAGCUGCAGGAGCCGAUGAGCUGGAAGGUGUCUCCAGAGGAUGGGCUGCUGGAGGACUUCGCUUUGGUGCCCAAGGAGACUGAGCUGCCUUCGGUCCUCUCCACGCUGCGCUGGUGGCUGCCGCAUGUCGUCGUGCAGGGCGAACUGCCGCAGCAGCUGGGUGUGGAUCCGGUGGUGCUGCGGUACGAGGGAAUCUCCCUCACCGCGCGGGACAUUGAGCUGCUGGCGGACGAGCAGUGCCUCAACGACUCCGUGCUGGACUUCUUCCUGAAGCUGGCAGUGGAUACCGUGGCCCCAGAGCACCUGAAAGGUGACCUCUACGUGGCCAGCACCUUCUUCUUCCAGAAGCUCACCUCCGGCGGAGUGGAGAACGGCGAGGCAGGCUGGCAGAACGUGCGGCGCUGGACGAGGGCGUUGCCUGGCGGCUUGCUGGGCCAGAGGUUCGUGGUCAUCCCCAUCAAUGAGCAGAAUAUCCAUUGGUGGCUGGCGGUGAUUUGCCACGCGCGCCGGGCCCUGGAGCCGGACGGGGAGACCAUGCUGGGGGAGGCGCCGCGGAUCGUGUGCCUCGAUUCGGCCAUUGAGCCCCUGCUGAAGGGCCGCGUGGUCGCCUUCCUCAGAGGCUAUUUGUGGAAGGAGUGGUGCGAGCGGCACCCGAACGCGACAGCCUUUGAUGAGGACAAGGUCGCUGGGCAAUUGAACUUGAAGGCCUUAGCGGCAGAUGUGCCCAAGCAGGCCAACAGCUUCGACUGCGGGAUCUUCAUCAUCGAGUACCUUCUGCACUUGCUGCGCUCCAAGACCGCCUUGGCCGGCCUAGGCCUUGCAGCACACAAGCACUGGUUCGGCCAAGCGUCUGUGUCGCACCGCCGGAAGCGCCUGAAGUGGCUCGCCACGCUGCUUCAAAGUCAAGCACAGCGCUUCGGGGAGACGGACGUGCGGCGCUUGCUCCAGGAUCCCCGGCUCCGCGCCGCUGUGGUUUUAGCCCUCACGGACCACCCAAAGAAGGCGAGCCCCUCGACAGCGCCAAAGCUGAAGCGCCCGAGCGAGGCGGCGUCGGAGCGGAAGAAGAAGCCUCGGCCGGGUUGCACGGAAGGGCUCGCCCCAAGUCGCGCCGGGCGGGUUGAUAAGCGAGGUCGGCUUUGAAGCUCCCACUACAGGUUCCUC